ACGGGGCGGAGGCAUGCCGCGCUCCUUCCUGGUGGAUUCGCUGGUGCUGCGCGAAGGCGGCGGCGAGAAGAAAGGAGGCUCGUCCCCGGGCAGCCCUCCGCCACCUCCGCUCUUCCCCUAUGCCGUGCACCCCUCGCACCCGCUGCACGGGCUCUCGGCGACCUCCGGGGGCGCCUGCCCGGCCGCGCCGGGGGCCACGUCGGCGGCGCGCAAGGCCGGGCUGCUGUGCGUGUGCCCGCUCUGCAUGGCCGCCGCCUCGCAGCUGCACCCGCCGCCGCCGCCCGCCCUGCCGCUCCUCAAGGCCUCCUUCCCGCCUUUCGGCUCCCAGUAUUGCCCUUCGCCCCUGGCCGCCCGGCAGCCCGCUGGAAGCGCCGCUGCCGCCCACCCGCCCGCCCUCUACCAGAGCGCCUACCCCCUGCCCGACCCCCGGCACUUCCACUGCAUCUCCGUCGACAGCACGUCUGGCCAGCUGCCCAGCAGCAAGCGGAUGCGCACGGCCUUCACCAGCACGCAGCUCCUGGAGCUGGAGCGGGAGUUCGCCUCCAACAUGUACCUGUCGCGGCUGCGGCGCAUCGAGAUCGCCACCUACCUGAACCUCUCCGAGAAGCAGGUGAAGAUCUGGUUCCAGAACCGCCGCGUCAAGCACAAGAAGGAGGGCAAGGGCGGGCCCCACCGCGCCGGCCCCUCCGCCCCCCACGGCUGCAAGUGCGCCUCCCUCUCGGCUGCAGCCAAGUGCCCGGAAGAGGACGACGACGACCUGCCCAUGUCGCCCUCUUCCUCGGGCAAAGACGAGCGGGACCACCUCGCCGUCACCCCCUAA